ACACACUCACACAAGGGGGGGGUUCAGUCCCAGUAUAUAAACAGUGAGGAAACAAUUCCCUCCACUCAUUUGCUGCCACCAUGGAUCUAAAAGUUGCGUUUGUGAUUGUCUGUCUGUGUGCUUUCGCCAUAACCUCUACUGAAGCUGGCAUUGCAAAAUGCUGCAUCACAACACAGAAAAUCCCCAAACGGCUGCUGCUGAAGGUUCAGAGAUGGAAAGAGCAGACAAGUGACGGCGCCUGUGACAUCCGUGCACUGGUACUGCAUUUAAAGGGCAGGGACAGGCCCAUGUGUGUUGAUCUCAGCUAUAAGAAAUACCUGGAAAGGCUUAUGCGGAAGCAGCACUCAAAGAGAGGAGCUUACAGAGCAUGAACAAUUUCACAAACUUUGUGUACUGUGUUUUCUACAGUUGGUGUUAUACAUACAAAAGUGAUUGUUUCUUUUUAUUAAUUAUGCAAAAUAUCAAGAUUAACUUGUGAAAAGCAGCUAUUCACUACUACAUAUAUACAAUGGUGGAAAGUUACUAAGUACGUUAACUCACAUGCUGUACUUUGUGAAGGUGGUUGUAAUUGAGUUGUUCCAUUUUAUACUACUACUACCUUUUAUCACACAACAUUCUAGGGGGAAAUAUUGUACUUUUUACUCCACUAAAUUUAUACAGCUAUAGUUACUUUUCAGAUUAAUAUUUUAAAUACAAGACAUAUAAUGAUUUAUAUAAUCUGAUUAUGUUAUAAAUUAAAUUACCUAAUAGUAUGUGAAGCGGUUAAAUCGGCUCAACUGUCUGUGACAUUAAAGUGCAGCUUCCAUUUUAAUGUAGUGAUAAUAAUGAUCCAGUAAUAGAAUUAUAUAACACUGACAGGGACUGUUCUGCAUUAAGAGUACUUCUACAUACAUUUUACUUAUAAUGGAGUUAUAGGUAUUGCUACUUGUACUGAAAAUGAUGUGAAUACCUCUUUCACUGCUGCAUUUAUACAAAAAUUGUAAAAUAAAAAAUAAAAAGCCUCAAUAAAA